AUGCAAUGUAUUAAACGGCGUGGGGGAUGUGAAAAGCCGAGAGUUGUGGUUGUCCUGGUGCCGCGGGGAGUGUAAUUCUGUGGUGUUUUGUGUUUUAUUUGUCGGUGUGCCCUGUGGCCGGGGGGGGAAGGUGAGGGGUGAGUGAGCAAGAUGGCGGAGCGCGCGCUGCUGGAGACGCUGCUGCGGCGGCUGCAGGAGGCGGGAGAUGGCGGCGCCGACAGCGCCCGUCUGGCCCACAGCCUGGACAUCGACCACCAGGUGGUGGUGGGCGCCGUCAAGAGCCUGCAGACGCUGGGCGAUAUAAUUGAAGCUGAGCAGCGAUCCUACAAACAUUGGGAACUGACCGAAGAAGGGAAGGACAUUGUGGGGAAAGGCAGCCAUGAAGCCCGAGUCUUUGAUGCCAUUCCACCAAAUGGAAUUACUCAGAGUGAACUAAUGAAACUCCCAAGUGGAAAAGUGGGAUUCAGCAAGGCCAUGUCUAAUAAAUGGAUCCGCAUUGACAAGACUGCUGAGGGGGGACCUCGGGCCUACAAGGCUAUGGAUAGUAUUGACGAUUCGGUCAAAGCCAAGCUGCUGCUGAUCCAGCAAGGUAAGGACAACGCCUUGGAAGACAAGGAAAAAAAUGAACUGAAAAAGAGGAAGCUGCUGAGUGAAGUGACUUUGAAGACCUACUGGAUUACUAAAGGAAGUUCAUUCAGCACCACGGUGGUGAAACAGGACACUGACCUCACCCCUGAGAUGAUUGCCAACGGCUCAUGGCAAGAGAGGAAGUUCAAGCCAUACAACUUUGAUGCCCUGGGCAUCAUUCCAGAGUGUGGACACCUCCACCCCUUGAUGAAAGUUCGAACUGAAUUCCGACAGAUAUUUCUGGAAAUGGGUUUCACAGAGAUGCCCACCAAUAACUUCAUUGAGAGUUCGUUUUGGAACUUUGACUCGCUCUUCCAACCUCAGCAGCACCCUGCCCGAGAUCAACAUGACACUUUCUUCCUGUCUGACCCGGCUGUUGCUACCGAAUUUCCAAUGGAAUAUCUUAAAAGAGUAAAAAUGGUCCACUCGGUGGGAGGAUAUGGAUCCCAAGGGUACAAAUACGAUUGGAAAAUUGAAGAAGCGCAAAAGAAUCUUCUGCGAACACACACAACGGCAGUCAGUGCACGGAUGCUGUACAAACUGGCCCAACAGGAAGUCUUCACACCAGUGAAGUAUUUCUCCAUUGAUCGUGUCUUCCGCAAUGAAACGCUAGAUGCCACUCACUUAGCUGAGUUUCACCAGAUCGAGGGGGUGGUGGCCGAUUAUGACCUUACCCUGGGUGACCUAAUGGGAGUUCUUCAGCAGUUCUUUACUAAAUUAGGUAUAACCAAACUGCGUUACAAACCAGCCUUCAACCCCUACACUGAGCCAAGUAUGGAGAUCUUCAGCUAUCAUGAAGGGUUGAAGAAGUGGGUGGAAGUUGGAAACUCUGGUGUCUUCCGCCCAGAAAUGCUGUUGCCCAUGGGCCUGCCGGAAGGUGUGUGUGUGAUAGCGUGGGGUCUCUCUCUGGAACGACCAACCAUGAUCAAGUACGGAAUCAACAACAUCCGUGAGCUUGUGGGGCACAAGGUGAACUUGCAGAUGGUGUACGACAGCCCAGUGUGCCGCCUGGCCUCCUAGCAUUCAGCCUCAGACACGCACUGCACUGCAAGACACUUGAAGUGUGUGCUUGACACUAGCCUCAGCAAGGUUUCACUUUCAUUCAAUUCAGGGACUGUGGGGGAGGAAGAAUCAAAAGGUUUGGCUUUGGAGCUCGGGGCGUAUCAUUGUUCAAGCAGUCCGUUCAUUCUCACUGCCUCGAGCACUCCUGUAAUAUGUUAACGCAAGUCAUCGCAGAUGCUGGAAUCUGGAGCAAUAAAAAGUGCUGUAUUAACUCAGUGGGCCAAGCAGCAUCUUAGGAGACAGAGGGAUGGUCCACUACAGUUGCGAAUCCUGCUUGACCCACUGAUUCCCUGCAAAAUACCGUGGCCUCUUGUUCUGUUAUUUCAUAUUCAUAUUUGAUGGUUCCAAAAGCCUGACAAGUUUGCACAGCUGAAAAUUUGUGCUCGAAACAGAAAAGGAAGCAGGUCAGAGACACGAGCAAGUGCAGAGGCGGGAAUCUUGAGCAAAACACAAAGUGCUGGAGGAACUUGGUGGGGUCGGGCAGCAUCUGUGUAGGGAAUGGACAGUGUUUUGGAUCUAGAGUCUGAAGAAAGGUCCAGACCUGAAAUGUCAUCUGUCUGUUCCGACCACAGAUGCUGCCUGCCCCACUGAGUCAUUCCAGCAAUUUGUGUUUUACCUUGCAGAUUAACUGGAGCACGUUACCUUAAAGUUACAACUAUAAUCUAAACUCCACUGAUUAGAGUCAAUAGAGAUCAUUGUUCUGGGACUAGUAGUUCCUAGCUGCUAAAUGAAAAGGAAAUAAAUCUCGGUGUGAAGUAAUGAAACCUUUGAAGGAUGGUGGUUUUGGUCACAAUCGAGCCUGCCUUGUUGAUUACAUUGGAAUGCUGUGGCUGCAGCACUCGCGUCAUUGUCAAGCCUUAACAUACCUUGGUUUCCAAGGAGUCUGCUUACGACAUCUGUCUUGUUUCAGAAAAUGGAAAUUGUAAAUCUAAUGCAAUAAAAGGAGCAAAUCUGAAGUGUA